ACACUUCAACUCAUAAAACAGUUUGAGAGAGUCCUGGGGCCUUGAUUCUAUGUAUCUUUUUUCCCCCUUUUCGGCCUGAGAAGCGGAUGUUAUUAUUCACCGCCGGCCGCCAAGUGCGAUCAAGGCUUGACAUUUUUUUAUCCCUCACUCCUUUCUUAGCGAGGCCCGCAUCGCGAGGCUGGAAAGAUAACUAAUUGCGGGACAAAAGUGUUCGGAUGCCUUUGUGUGCAUGAGACCCUAGCCCAACCAUCACAAGAGGAUAGAUCUCGGAGCUGGGGCACAAUAAAGGAGUAACCUUUCGAAUAUAUGAUACCGGUAUUAUCUUCAGUUUGCCCCUGCGCAUUAUAGGAGGUCACGAGUGGAUGUAGGCUCAAUUCCACAGCAUUCCAUGGCCGUCUUUCGGGCGUUGCUACCUCUUGCUUACGAACCCGUCCUGUGACGAGGGACACCUCACCCAGCCCUGCUCAGGGAGUGAAAAGACCCAGUUCACCUCGACUCCCCUCGACUCCCCCCCCCCGACCGCCAACACACACACACACCGCGCUCCUCCCGCUCAAUCAAAGCGAAACCAUCCAAAUCAAUUCUGCGUAAAGAAUCCACAGCUUCCACCGGAUUUCCCUCAAGUUCUUGCGGACAAAUUUUUCGCUUAUAAACACCCAAAAAUGCGAAUCAAGAUCCGCGCGCCGAACGGUUCCCAGGUCCUCACAUUAUCACCAGAGACCGCAAUAUCCUCGUUUCUCUCAGAGAUUCGCUCAAAAACAUCCCUAUCCGGGGAUGUCGAAAUCAAAUAUGGCUACCCACCUAAAUCUCUACAUCUUAGCGAGUACCCAUCGUCGACCCUUCUCAAAGAUCUCCCCACCAAACUCGAAGGCGAGCAGCUGAUUAUAUCCGAGAGCGGGGGAGGUGGUGGCGGAGGCGGUGGAGUGAUUCGAGGCAUUGGGUCUAUCACCAACACUUCCACUGCGAGCAGAAGCGAGCCCCCUUCCGCGGCUGUUUACAGUGAGAAAGGGAAGUCUGUCGCAAAGCCGAGUGCUCCGUUCUCUUUCUCCGGACGUGCACAAGAUUCGACCUCACAACCUGACGCGCCCUUGACGUUAAAUCGGUCCCUGAAGCCUAAGAUCGAUAAAGAUGAUCCCCCGGAUGUUCCCCUGAAGAGUGGACGCGGAACGGUGGUUUUGCGCGUGAUGGAAGACGAUAACAGUUGCCUUUUCUCGGUUCGUACUUCUAAAUCAUUGAUCCGAGUUCAAGCAUUCUAACAGACCUGGCUAUCAGGCCAUAAGUUAUGUUGCUACGAGCUCUCUCUACUCGGCCGCUGAGCUGCGCCAGUUAGUCGCAACUACAAUCCAAGAAAACCCAGACACCUACAGCGAAGCGGUUUUGGAGCAAAAGCGGGACGGCUAUUGCGAGUGGAUUCAGAUGGAGAGUUCCUGGGGCGGAGGAAUUGAGCUGGGCAUUUUCGCAAAUUUUUUCGACCUCGAGGUUAGUUUUCAUUGACGCACCGAACCUGGUUCCCCUCUGACAGUACAGAUAUGCACCAUUGACGUCUCUACAAACGAAGUCAUCCGAUUCAACGAGGGGAAAGCGAACAGAGCAAUCGUGGUCUACUCGGGUAUUCAUUACGACGCAAUCGUCCUAUCACCCGCCGGGUCCCGAACAAACGACCCCUCCAAGGACAAGCGGGUCUUCAGUUCCGGCGACGAUGAGGAGAUGGAAGGGGCCUUGGAGCUCUGCAGGGAACUCAAGAAGAGAAAGUAUUUCACUGAUACCAGAAGCUUUUCCAUCAAAUGCAACAUCUGCAAAACCGGCCUCAGAGGCCAGAAGGCUGCUGUGGCGCACGCGAAAAGCACAGGACACAUGGAUUUUGGGGAGUACUAGAGUGGGCGGUGCGCGGUCAGGAUCUGUUUCAUUAGCGUGGGGAGCGGGACAAAUACCAGGUCUUCUGUAUUCUUUUUUAUUUCUGCGCCUGUCAGAUGUAGAGAGAGAGUAUCGGUAAAAUAGACUAAUUUUGCUAGUUCAGACGGCACAAUCCAUGGUGUGAUAGUGAAGAGUUAAGCCGGGUUAUUGAUUAACGAUGAACUACAGUACAAUACUGAGGACAUUGUCACCUCCCCCCACCGCAUAUUAUAGAAAGGUGGCGGUAUGAUCACUCGAGCUCCAUCGAACCGAGGCGCUGGCCUGUGUUCUCCUGCUCCUUCUUUUCCUCCGAAGCUUGGUAAAAGGCAGCGGUUCCAAUGCCCGCCGCGGCGUCGGCCUCCUUCUGAGAAUAAGGUUCCUCCUUCAACAACCGUACCCUGCAUCCACGACAAAGUUAGGGCAUCCAAUCAUCCCAAGCAAUCGUAGGAAAAGAUGCGGACAAACAGGUGCUGGAAUAUUUACUACCUCCGUUUAUGGUUCUUGCCACGACGAUGCUGCACGAUAUUCCAUUCACUCUCAAAGUAUUUCGCACAUUCAACGCAAUGGAAUUUCCCAAGGCCCGGUUUAUCCUCGUCCGGAACCAAAGCCUUAAGUUGAGCAAGCCGUUUCGGAUCGCGGAGGUCGGAAUGAACCUGGUCCAUAUCACUGUCAUCGUCGUCACCAACAACCGACAAGGGUCAGUACUACAGUGUACUCAAACGCAAACGGCUUCUUGGGGGGAAAGGGAGAGAAGAAAACGUGAGGGAAAUGGCAAGGGGGGCGUCUCUUCCAUACCGAGUCCUGCGCUUCGUCUUUGAACGCCGAAUAGCACCCAUGGCUAUCU